AUGAUCAUCCUAUACUUGUAUGAAACCUUCAGACCUGAAGGGUUCAUGUACCCAACUGUGGAAAAUGACUUAGAACAAAGCAUAGAUAAGGCUUUUGUUGAGUUGUCUAUUCAUGCGAUUGAAGAUGAAAGUGGGUAUGAGAAGGAAACAUGGUUUGUCCUUGCAAAUUCGUAUUGCCUCUACAAUGUUCCUUGGGGUUUGUAUAAGGCUCUGAUGUAUGUAAAAGAGCACUAUGGGAAUCCUUCCAUAAUUUUGUCUGAAAAUGGUAUCGAUAAUCUAGGAUAUGUGACACUUGCGCAAGGAUUGCACGACACUACAAGGAUCAACUACUAUAAGGAUUACUUGACUCAAUUGAAAAAGGCUGUUGAUGACGGGGCAAAUGUAGUUGGCUACUUCGCAUGGUCAUUACUAGACAAUUUUGAAUGGAGAUCAAGGUUUGGCAUUGUCUAUGUUGAUUUCUCUAAUCCAAAGAGUUAUCCAAAGAUGUCGGCUUACUGGUUCAAGCAGCUUCUUACUCAAAAAGAACAAUAA